UUAAGAUGACUGUGGUGCAGACCACAGUUGCGUCUGCAGAACCUUUCCAGUCCUGAGGAGCAGCAGACGGACAUGGAGAAUCCGUUCCUGUUGACUCUGUCCGCCACCGCUGCCGCCGCCGGCCUCAUCUCCGUCAUAUUCGUGCUCACAUGGGUCCUGCACUUCAAGGAGGGUCUAGCCUGGGAUGGAGGACUGGCCGAGUUCAACUGGCAUCCGGUCUUAAUAGUCACUGGGUUUAUUUUGUUGCAGGGAAUAGCCAUAAUCGUGUACAGACUCCCAUGGACCUGGAACUGCAGCAAACUGAUGAUGAAAUUCAUCCAUGCAGGCUUGAACAUAAUGGCCUUUAUUUGUGCCGUUAUUGCGAUGGUAGCCGUGUUUGACUUCCACAAUGCUGCCAAAAUCCCCAACAUGUACAGUUUGCACAGCUGGCUGGGCCUGACAGCUGUGAUACUGUACUGGCUGCAGAUUAUUCUUGGAGUUGGCAUGUACUUGAUCCCCAUUACACCCAUAUCCUGGAGAGCGGCGUUUAUGCCCCUUCAUGUCUACAGUGGUCUUUUACUCUUUGCUAGUGUAAUUGGCGUGGCACUCAUGGGCAUCACAGAGAAACUCAUUUUUGGCCUAAAAGACCCCAAGUAUAAAGACUCUCCCCCUGAGGCAGUGUUUGUGAAUGUUCUGGGAGUCCUCCUGGUGGUUUUUGGCGCACUGAUUCUCUGGAUUGCCACUCGAACAUCUUGGAAACGACCCAGUGACCAGAUCUUACAUUCUCUGCAUACCGACGGGGGAGGUGAGGACAACACCAAAGUCGGUCCGGCCCUGUCUCAACUAAGUGAUGGAACUGAAACUGAGGCCAGUGUGGAUGUCAGGAGACGGAGCAAUAAAUCAGAUGAUUAACACAGCUGAUUACAAAUGUCAACUGACCCAGAGAUUAUUCUGUCUCUCUGCUGAAUGUAUGUAAACCUACACUGGUCUAAAUGAAGUAAUCUAAUUCUGCUGAAUAUCUACAUUCUUUUUUCUCCACUUAAGUGGUUUAUUUUGCUGGCAUUUAGAGCUAGUGCUACUUUCUCUGAUAUAUGACUACACUGAUAUAUUGGAAAUUACUAUUCAGAUAAUGUAAGAAAAGGCUGUACAAAUACUAUAAAAAGUUUAUAUUCUCUGUUUCACUUAUGUUCUAAUAGCUGAAGCUUUGAAAGAUAAUCAUAACCCAUAUUUUUUAUUAUUAUUUUAUUAUUUUUUAUUUUUAUUUUUUACAAUAAAUGUACUCGCAGACUGUCA